CUUCCACAUGUAAAGAGACCUACGCUAUUCAAUUAUAUCUGCUAAUUAUGCAAACGCGACACAUAUUUCUGUCUUCUAAGAUUAUUUUUGCAUUCUUAAAUGAAAUUUCAUCAUGGGAUUUCAUCUAAAACAACCUCCUGCAUUCAUAACCUAUAACCCCAGAGGUGGGUGGGUGUAAGGAAGCGCGGCGUCUGCAGCAUAAUUAAAACAUGGCGGAAUCGGAGGAAUUUAGACUUAAAAGAUUACAGCAUGAAGAGCGCCUCUCUAGAGUGUUCGAUGAAGUGAUGGGGCUUGGAGAAUUCGCAGACUCCUCCAGGGGCUCUGCCUCCUCUUCCAGGAGUGGAGGUCAGAAUGAGACAAAGGGUGUAGAUGAAAUUUCAGGAACUGGGGAGCCCCAACAGGUUGAAGGCGAGGAUAGCAACAGCAGCAGGCAAGAAGAAAAGACAAAAGACAGGACAGGAGAGUCGUCAUUUCCUUGCAUAUCCACCUCUUCAUCUGACCGACCCUCCUCAUUUACUUUGAGAACCAACGAAGAAGGAGGAAGUGGAGGGGCCGCUUUUGACAACGCACUGGACGGCCUUCCUUCAUAUGAACCAGAAGAUGAGGAUGAGGAUUGGCAUUUUUCUCUGGACAGCCUUGAGGAUGCCAAUGCAGCUCAGGCAAAAAGAAAAGAAAACCAGCCAUCAGCUGCCCAGCAGCCCAGAGGGGAGGACGAGGACAGGGAAGGGAGCAGUGGGUCAGCUAAUACCUCCCACUCCUCACAGGACCCCCCUACUGAAAACAGUAGAGAUGGUGGCACCAUGAACCAGACAGAGGAGACCGAAGACAGCCAGCAGGGGGAGCAAUCUGAAGGAGCUCCAAUGGAGGACAGUAAUCUCCCAACUUCUCCUGUGAUCAAAGAUGAACCCAUUGAUGAGGGCUACGAUGCUGCUUUACUGCCCCAGAACUCCAUCAGUAAGAUCAAAGAGGAGCUGGAGCAGCAGGAGGAAGAGCAGCUCAGGAUCAGCUCUGUUUACUCUGUGGGUGGCGGGAACUCCUUUGCAACUCCAACCAUGCCAGCACCAGUCCAACCCCAACCUCAGGCAGCCAUUUUCAUCCAGGGUCGAGGUACUGUCCUACAAGCUAUGGCCUCUCUCCCUGUCAGACCACCAGCUCCUGUCCCAACUUCACUUCCAGCUCUGCAAGCAAUGCCCCCACGUCCACCUCCACCUUCUGUUCCUGGUAGUGUUCGCUGCAGUGGAUGCUCCAAGGUUCUGCUAAAAGGCCAAACAGCAUUCCAAAGAAAAGGCUCGACUCAGCUUUUCUGCUCCACCGUCUGUCUGACCGGCCAUCUGCCUCCAACCCCAAAGAACAGAGCCUGUUUCCAGUGUAACAGGGAGAUUCUUCAGCCCAGAGACAUGAUCACAAUUCCAGCAGAUGACAGCACCCUCAUGCACUUUUGUGGCCAGUUCUGUCUGUCCGUCUAUAGACACAAGAGGAAACAAGUCGACAAGGGUCCUGAAAAACGACCGGAGAGGAUUACUGAGAAGCCACCCGAGAAACCCAUAGAGCGUCUGCCUGACAAACCCUUCUGCAGUGUCUGCAAAAUUUCUAAUAGGGUGAUCGAACAUGAAGUCACCCACCAAGGGCGUAUUCACAGACUCUGCAGUGAUGCUUGUUUUUUGUCAUGGCGGAAGAUGCGACAGUUAGCCAUGAACUGUUGUGAAGGCUGUGGACUUUACUGUAACAGCAAAUCUGGUUCCUGUCAGACCCUCACUGUUGAUAGAUCUCAGCUGAACUUCUGUGGUCCUACCUGUAUUGGAACCUUCAAACAAAGCUGCAGAAAAACAACCGACUGCGCCCACUGUCACAAGAUGGCUAUAGUGUCCUCCACAAUCAUGGAGCGAGACCAGAAGGGCAAAGUCCAGCUUUACUGUUCACCUAAUUGUGUGGAACGCAGUCGACCUCCUCGACACACUCUCGCUGGUGCUGCUUUCCCCUGCUGCCAGUGCAAGGUGUCAGCUGUUCCUCAGUAUCAUCUGGCCAUGGUGGACGGCACCAUCCGUAAUUUCUGCUCCUACGACUGUGUGACUAUAUUCAGGAAAUAUGGUCAGCCAGACCCUGUCAAUGGGACCUCCUCUCUCAGGGACCCCUCCCAUAAAGAAGCCACCAAAUCGGGACCCUCUGUAGGAGCGAGCUCAGUCCCUCCCAUCCCUCAAGAACACUCAUCUUCAGUCCCUCACCCAGGCCACCACCCCAGUCAUUCCUCAGUGCCCCCACUGGUGCCCUCUUACCCGACCAUGUCGUCCCCCACUGUCCCAGGGCAAUCCCAGGCCAAAGCACCAUCGAGUCAGCCCACGAAACCAGCCGAGGGAAGUCCUGGUGACGUCUCCAAGCUGACCUGCCAUCAGUGCAGCAAACAGUUCAACAUGAAGCCGCUACUCUUCAGCUUUCAAGGUCGUAUUGCAAUGUUCUGCAGCAAACCAUGCUCUGAGCAGUAUAAAACCCAGAAAAAAAUCCUGGCGGUAUGUGAGUCCUGUAAACAGGAGAAGGUACCCUUUGAUACCUUCAGCCAUAAUCAACAGGAGGUUUCAGUCUGCAGUGAAGGCUGUAAAAUUAACUUCAAAGCAGCCAUGCAGUCUCGUAACCGGGAUCACCCUUGGCGAUCGUGCACCUACUGCUCCAGCAUCAGCCACAAGAUGCUUAACAGCCACUACGGAGGCAGGAUGGAGGAGUUCUGUAGACCUCACUGCAUGUCCCAGUACACUGUACUCUACUAUGGGAUGGGUCGAUGUGACAGCUGUAGGAAACAGGGCUACAUGAAUGAGAAGCUGCAGUGUUUGGGUUCAGUCCGGAAUUUCUGCAACAUGCCCUGUUUGAUGCAGUACUGCUACCAUCACUUUGAGAUGAGCCAGCAUGGUAGCAGUAACGGUACUUCUCCACAAACACCAGGUGCUCCAAGCCAGCCUCAACACUCCUCAAAGACAAAUCCUGUUAUUGCUGGUGUGGUGUCACUGGCCAAUGGAUCUGCCGCUCAGCCUAGUGCCACAGCAGACACUGCUCUGACUGGGGCCCUUCCAACCUCCAAUGUUGAUGGCAAGAGUCUGGACCAUGCCAGUACUCAGACUGAUGCCAUGCGAGUGCCUGCACCCCAUCGACGUCAAAUGAAGAACAAGUCUGUCUUGUGUCGUCCCUUCACUUUGGACCAAGAAAGCAUGUGCAAGCUGCAGGAACCAUCCUCUGACUCAUCAGCUCAGACUAAUCAAUCAGAGAGCUCCUCAGCAGCAGAGGAGAAGGUGAAGGUUGUAGUGGUGCCAGUCCCAGUACCAGUCUUCAUCCCAGUGCCUAUGAACAUGUACUCCCAGUGUACACCAGUUCCUAUGGCUAUGCCCAUGCCUAUUCCAGUUCCUGUGAUGGUCCCACAAAGGAUGAACAAGGAAAUGAAGGAUGCAGCUGUCCAGUUAGAUCCUUUAGUUGUUUCCGAAGAAAAACAAAAAGAUUCUCCUGUUCCCAGCACAGACCAGAGUAGUUCAUUCAGAGAAGACACAAAGUCAGAGAUAAUAACUCCCAUACUCCCCCAUGAUGAUGAUGAGAACCAAAAAUGUGCCAAAGUUGAGCUGCCAGUGGCUGUCAACUCAGAGAAGAGUCUGGAGUCCACAGAGCCCCAGAUGAAUGUCCUGCCAGAGGAAGGUGGAGAAGCACCCACCACCAGCACCGAGUGUAAGCCUCCCCUCUCACCCAUGACAGACCUGGAGAGUGACUUCCCGUCAGAAUUUGAUCAGCGGCCAUUUGCCCAGCAGAGAGGAGUAAAGAGACCCAGAGAAGCUUUCUCAGGCCGGAAAAGGGGUCGAAGGCGAAUGGUUGCCAUGGUGACUCCAGCUACCCUCAAACUGAACCAUGUAUAUGGGGUGAAAGCUUGGAGGAGCUGGGUCCAACAAAGAAACAAACUACAGAGAGAAUCCAAUCUAGUCGAUAUUAAAGAAGAUGUGAUCCAGUGUGACUCUGCUGAGCUGAGCUUUGCCCUGUCACGCUUCAUCAAAGAGGUGAGGCGGCCAAAUGGAGAGAAGUACAGCCCAGACAGCAUCUUCUACCUCUGUCUCGGGAUACAGCAGUAUCUGUUCAUGAAGGGGCGAAUAGAGAACAUCUUCACUGACGAGCUCUAUAGCCAGUUUGCUGCUGAGAUCAGUGCAAUGCUGCAACUCUGGAAACCUAAACUACUGCCUGAUGGUCGUAUUUAUCCUUCCCGCGUUGCUGAGUCCUACCUUUGGGAGUGUAAACAGCUGGGAGCCUACUCCCCCAUAGUGCUGCUCAACACGCUGCUUUUCUUCUGCACCAAGAACUUCCGCUUCAACACACUGGCACAGCACCAAAGCCUCUCCUUCACCAACUUCUUUCGAUGCUCUGGGUCCUACCACAAAGAGGGCACAGUCCACUACCUCCGACACCAGAGAAGCAGCACUGCCACAGCUUCCAAAGAGGACAAGGAGCGAGCGAGAAAAAGGAAACCAGACGAAGAGGAGAGAGACCUGUGUAUGCUUGAAAAUGCCCCCAACCCGCUACGCUGUCCCGUCAGAAUCUACGAGUUCUACCUCUCUAGAUGCCCGGAGUCGGUGAAGAGGAGAGCGGAUGUGUUUUACCUCCAACCUGAACAGAAUGUGCACACAAACAGUCCCUACUGGUACACUUCUCAACCAUUAGAGGGGACUACUCUGCAGAGCAUGCUCAUACGCAUCCUGGCAGUCAGAGAGGUUCACCAGGAGCAGGAGGAUGCCGGUUUACAGUGAUCUGUUUAUCACGUCCUGCUUCUCAUCUACUCUGCAAAAUAAACAUGCUCUGAUGACCAGCACUUCACAGUGAAUUCGAGCUUAAGCUCCACUCAUCACUCACUCAGACUGAGGCUGUCAGGAUGAGCAGAACAAAGAAAGACAGAGUUAAAAGGACUUGUGAUGGAAAUGAGAUACAUUUUUAAAAAUGUGGAAUAUUUUGUUACCUCAGUUUAAACUCUGCCAUGACAAAUCAAUACAGAAAUCAGUUACUUUUAAACAUGAAGGGUGUUGAAGUAGAUGAUUAUCAUCAUGGCCAUCUUUAUUUGUGUCUCGCUUGUGUGAUAUGUAUGCCCACCAUUUAUCACAUGUGGUAGGUUUAUUUCCUGGCAGACAUCGUUUUUUAUUUACAGAAACAGAUGUCAUAUUACCAAAUUGGUAUGAGCAAAAGAUUUUGUGUGAUUUAGAUGUUUUAAAGGCUCUAUUUGUAGUCAGAAGACACUUUGUGCUUUUUAUUCUCACCAAAAGUUAAAACAAGGACAUUUUGAUCAGAUAUUUGAAUGUGGCGGCUGGCUUGCACAAAACUUGGUAAAACCAUGUUCUCACCUCCAGGGAAGCACUUCCCUCUGGGUUAAAGAAACCUUAAAUAUGCAGUUUUAAAAACUGUAUCAUAUUUAUUACAUUGCCUGUUUGCUUAUGAAUGUUCUAACAGACAAGCGCUUCCAGGGUUUUUUUCCUUGACAUUUUUGGACUGCUAGCAACCUGCCUCAGAAUUUCUCUCUGAUCUGACAGAUCAUCCUUGACUUUUUCAAAGUCUGUAAUGUGGUUUUCUUUGGUCUGAUAUGGCUGAUUUUCGAUCACCAAACAUGUAAGUAUUCCUCCGAUAAGACACAUGACAGCAACUUCACCUGAUACUUUUGAAUCAGACUGUAGGAUGCUAGCAGUUUAAGCAUGUCAAGGUAAAAACACCUAGAAAUUGGUCAUAAGAAAGAGCACUAAUGUGAUAAAGAAAAUAGUGACUGGUUGCUUUAUGGCCUUAAACUAAAGUCUAUUGGAUUUUAUCUAUUUUUAAAUCAGUAUGCAGUACAUCUGUAAAGCCCUUCAUGUAAUAAUAGAGGAGACAUAAGGUGCUUCUAUCGUAUUCUAUUGUUGUUAGCUGUUUUGAUAUUGUUCUCCAUUUAUUUUCUUCAUUCCAUGUGGCCUUAUUUCCCCAAAAAAUGGAAGUUCCCUUUUCCUCGCUUCUUGGACUUGUACAGUAAUCUGUAUUUAUCCUUUUUUAUCUUCUGUUUCCUGGUAUCCCGUCACUUGUGUCUGUGGAGGUGAAAUGGUAGAAGGACUCAUUACCAACAGCCACAUUUUUCAGUGCUGGUUAUCUUUGGAAAUAUCAAGCUAAGCAGCAUUUUCAGACCACUUAAAUAAAUGGACAUCCAUUUAGAGUCUAUAAUGGGACCUCUGCUAGCUGUAUACUGUAUGUACGUAUGGUUUUUUCCUUCUCUUUAACAGUGCCAUUAUUUUUCUUUGGGAAAUUAUAUUCUGUUUUCUAUCCUCUGCUGAGGUUUCCAGUGUCAUGUAAAGGUGUAGUAUGGUAUUUUUUUAUUGGCCAUGCACACGGUUACAAUCAAGUGUUAUGACAGUGGGCCUAAGAUAUUUAUGACCGUGUCAGCAGUGGGUGAUCAGUUUUGUUUUUGUUUGAAACAUAUGAAUUCUGAAUGUUGAAAAUAAAACCAAAAAGAAUAAUGGGGCUUUCCGUUUAAUCUAAGAAGUAUUCUGAGAUGCCAGGCAGAGCCAGUGUGGGUGUGAUGCUCCCCUCUCCAACAUCUGAUUUCCUCUGAAAAUGGAACACACCAGA